AAAGGGACUCGCUUAGUUUAAUGCAAGCACAGAAUCUGAGGAGGAGGAGGAGGAGGAGAGAGACGAGGUCCCCCGGAGUGACCACUGGGAGGGGUGAUGAUGGGAUGCAAGAAGGAGAGAGAAGUCUAAAGACUUGAAGGGCGAGAGGCGGAGGCCAAGAGGGAGGGAAACUCCCCGUCCCCAGUCCACUUAUGAACAACUGAUUCCUCUCUGAGCUCCACACAGGACGCCGCGCGCUCUCUGCUGCCACACAUUUGAGGAUAAACUGAGGAUUUACAAAGGGACAAUAUUCUGGAGUUAUUUCCUUAAGGACAUCUGGAGCCCCAGAUGUGUGGGUGGGGUGUGGCCUCUGGGUGGAUGGUUAAACACUCCGAGAUGACUGGAUAAAAGCUUCCAGCAGGGACCGCUCCACAGGAAGUACCUCGCUCAGCGUUGACUCACUGCAGGUGUGAACUUCUCCUCCUGGUGAGGCCCCCGGGGGAUCGGGGAGGAAACCCGAUGACCGGGCUCUCCGGUUUCCCUCCGGUCGGGGGCACCUGCUCAUCCCCCAAGUUGCUUUCCAUCUCCAGAGUCCACGACUUCAAAAGCGCAGACGGAUGGUCCACAGGGCAUAGUUUGUCUGUAUUCAAAACACUUUGGAGAGGCUUGUAAUUAUGCCCCCGCUCUCAUUAUCUCUGUUUCUUCUGCUGCACGACUGAGAGGUGAAGAGAGAAGUGGAUCAGAGGCCGCCUUUUUCCUUUUCUUUUUUUUUUUUUUUUUUGUCAAGAUUAGAGAAGGUAGAGGAGGGAGAGAGGAAGGCAAAGAGGGGAGGGAGAGAUAAACAGAGGCAGUUUAAGGCGGUAAACACGUCGCGCUCCAGAGCCAGCGCUCCUCUAAACACAGCAGCGUAGAUCACCAACCCGAGUGAGUGGAAACCCUGGGGGGGAAGAUCCACCCCCACACAGAAAACCCAUUAUUUGUGAGAUACCAAGAAAAGCUGCGUUUUCCGGCAGAGAAGAAGAGACGAGGACAAGCGGCCAUGGACGUCUCCCACAGCUGCGCCUGUCUCUGCAGCGGGAGGAAGAGCAGGAGCCGAGUGCCCCCCCCCCCUCCGGCCACCUCCGGGCCCCACGGCCCGCUCCUCCCCCCCGGGGCCCUGCUCCUGCUGCUCCUCUGCCUCUCCCUGUGGAGCCAGCAGGCCGAGGCCCUGGUCCCCUCCAGCUUCAGGCGGCUCAGCGGGCGCGAGAAGAAGGAGAUGCAGAAGGAGAUCCUGUCCAUCUUGGGCCUGCCGGGGCGACCCCGACCCCACCCGCCGCUACGGCCGCCCUCCUCCGCACCGCUCUUCAUGCUGGACCUGUACCACGCCAUGGCCGCUGACGGGGGGGAGGAGGAGGGCAACGAGAUCGUGGUCAGCGGGCCCGGGGCGGGGAGGUUCGGGGGGACGGAGCGCUCGGCUCAGGUGAGCCACGCCGCCCUGCCCACCCUCAGCACGCACACGCCGCCGCUGGGCACCGUGGUCAGCGAGGCCGACACGGUGAUGAGCUUCGUCAACCUGGUGGAGCAGGAGCGUGACCUCCUGCAGCCUCGUCCCUACUGGAAGGAGUUUCGUUUCGAUCUGACCCCCCUCCCUCAGGGCGAGACGGUGACGGCGGCAGAGUUCCGUAUUUACAAGACGCUGACGAUGGGCCAGAGGGCCAACAGAACCCUGCACAUCUCCGUGUACGAGAUCCAGCGCGAGAGCAGGCACAGGGAACCCGAGCUGGUUCUGCUCGACAUGCAGUCGGUGCCCGCAGCGCAGGAGGGCUGGUUGGCCUUCGACGUCACCUCGGCCUCCAACCACUGGCUCCUCCACCCCCGCAGCAACCUGGGCAUACGUCUCUACGUGGAGACAGAGGAGGACCGCUCCCUGUCUGCAGGCUGGAUCGGGCUGGUGGGCCGCAAGGGCCCCCGCUCCAAACAGCCCUUCAUGGUGACCUUCUUCAGGGAGAGCCAGGUCCCGUGUCGGCCGCCUCGAGCCGUCAGACCACAUCCGCCCCGCAAGAAGAAACCCAAAUACGACCUCCCGGUCCCCAGCAUCCACAAUCGGAGUCCUGCAAACAGCGGAGGUCAGGCCUGUAAGAAGCACGAACUCUACGUCAGCUUCAGUGACCUGGGAUGGAAGGACUGGGUUUUGGCCCCCACUGGAUAUUCAGCUUACUACUGUGAUGGAGAGUGUUUUUAUCCUCUGGGCUCCUGCAUGAACGCCACAAACCACGCCGUCAUCCAGCAAGUGGUCCAUCUCCUGAAGCCUGACGAGGUUCCAAAGGCCUGCUGCGCCCCCACCAAGCUCAGCCCCAUCUCCGUCCUGUUCUACGACGACAACAACAACGUCAUCCUCAAAAAACACCGCAACAUGGUGGUGAAGACAUGCGGCUGUCUCUGAGAGACAUCUACGCACUGGAUGCCAGAUUAAAAAGAAAGUGGACUUAUGGUUGAACGAAACAUUUAAAGACGUUGGGCUGCACUACUCAGCCAAAUUAUUAAGUAAAGCCAGGUCCACAUCGAUCUUCUGCAACAUACUGAUCAGUGUAUGAUUACAAUUGAAAGGGCAUUCUGGGGUGUACUUAUCGUUUGAUGCUUUUUCAUAACAUUUUAAAUAAACUGCCACUCUUUGUAGCCCAACAGGAGUUGAGUGCACAGAUAACAUGUUAAAAAUCAGGUGAGAAGACCAGUAACAUAAUAUACAUUGUUCCAUUUAUUAAAACGGGGUCAAAAGAAGAAAAAAAAACAGCAAAUGUGUUUAUCUGCUAGUGACCGAAAAGAGGAUUAAACAUCAGGGCCAACGAGUCUUCUCUCGAGUUUAAUUGGAUGGUUUUAUGUCAAGACUGUUGGGGAAACAUACAGAAACCAACAUUAAAAAUGAGCCAAAGUAGAAUAAUUUGGGGGCUGCUUUAACGUGAGGUACUGAUGGACAACUGUGGAGCAGCAGCACAGUCUCUUCUUUUUGGAUAACUCGAUCAACAAGACUGUAUUUUUCCAUUUUGAACUUCUACAAGUGAAAAUAAAAUGUUACAUGGAACUCCACAGCAGAGUGACAAAACUUUUACAGCCAACGUUAUCAAAGAUAUGCGUGCAAAUUUUGGUUAUGUAAGUGACAUUUUGCCCUGGCCAUCGAGGCACCGUAGCAAACUAAACAUUGAAAUAUCUAAGGACUUGUAUGGCGCAACAUCACACAAGACGUUUGUCCAAUGCAUGAAUAUUGAGCUACCUGCUUUACGCAAAUAGAUCUGACCUUGCAUAGCUCGACAAACGUACCCAUGCAGAACUAUGUGCGCACACUUUUGUCAUCCUUUGUAUAAAGUUGGGGUUCUGGUUGUGAAAUCUACUUAACCACAUAUUCAAAAAAUAGUUGUCUUUUUUUUCCAUACUUCUGCCAUUAAUUAGUCACAAGAUCCUUUUAUUCAGUGUUAGCAGGCAGGUCCCCUCCCCCAUGUGGAA